UGAUGUCAUCUUUCCGCCACGAUUCCUUCAAAAAGUAGCAGAAAAGGAAAGUCGGCAGUCAGUGAAGGAAUAUUCCAUCUUGAAACUAGUCGCGCGAAGAUAUUUAAAAUAUGGCAAACCGAGGUCCAUCAUACGGUCUCAGCGCCCAAGUUGCUAACAAGAUUGCGGGUAAAAGAGAUCCCGAAUUAGAGGCUGAAGUUUUAGAAUGGAUAAGCACAAUUUUGGGAGAAAAAUUACCCAAAGGAACCUACGAAGAAAUUCUGAGAGAUGGGACUGUACUUUGCAGAUUAAUGAAUAAAUUGAUGCCCGGUUGCAUACCAAAAUAUAAUACAUCCGGAGGACAGUUUAAAAUGAUGGAAAAUAUUAAUAAAUUUCAAGAAAUGGCCAAGAAAUAUGGUGUACCAGAGAUUGACGUCUUCCAAACAGUCGAUUUAUGGGAAAGGAGAAACAUUCCUCAAGUUACACAGUGCUUGUUAGCAUUAGGACGCACGUGCUACACGCAUCCCGAGUUUCAAGGUCCGUGCCUUGGUCCAAAACCAUCUGAAGAAAAUAAAAGAGAAUUUACUGAAGAACAAUUAAGAGCCAGCGAAGGUAUAAUAAAUCUUCAAUAUGGCACAAACAAAGGAGCUAAUGCCAGCGGAUUAAACUUUGGCAACACUAGACAUAUGUAAAGAUAUCAUCGAAAAUCUUUUCCACUGUUUCAUGUUUUCAUUGUAUUCACGAGAAAUAAAUUAUACCGAUUUUUGGUGAAGGAAAAAUAUUAGAUUUUCAUGUGCAAUAAAUCCAUUUGUAAGAA